AUGUGCGAGCUUAUGACGCAGCUCGCUGUGUGCUGCCGUCAACGAGGCGUCGACUUGGCUCCAUUCGCUACAAAGCCCACGCCGUCGAAGGAUAUGUUGGCACGGGUGAGAGCCCUUAGGUCACAGCAACGUCUGCGCGAAUUCGCUGUCCCUCGCAUGAGCGUCGAGUUCUUGCUCGGGGGCUCAGCGUCCGACGUGCUCCAUGUGCUGUACACGCCACCGCCCCGGGUCUUCAAUCCUGCAACGAACACAAUGAAAGAAGACAUUCAAGGGUCAGCACGAAUUGGUGUCAACACGGCACGAAUGGAAAACAAAAACCAACCUGAAACUGGUUGGCCAGUUGACAUGGUAGCGCAAACGUGUCCAUGCCGCUUCCACUUCAAGUACGCGACCUGUGUCCACGUCCUCUUUGCGCUGCAAGAACGCGCCAGAAUUGAUGAGAGAGGGGCCGAAGUCCUCGUCAACAGACGCGUGACGUCGAAGCGGAAGCGCGCUACUGUCGGUAACGCACCAACGGCAGUCGGGCGUCCGCCGCGUGCUGGUCCAGCGCUCGAGCGAGAGUAG